AUGUCUCACUGGAUGCUCAAGGAUGUCUUGGCUUUACAGGGCGUGCUGAUGCCCGCGCGCGUCCCACCCUUCAGCGGCAGCGAGGAGCUCAGGGCGGGUGUGACCGCUGGUGAGGGCGGUGCGGGGCUGAGGGAAGGUGCGGCCGUGCCCGCUGCCCCGCCGUGCCCGUCACUUCCUGGUACAACAGCGGCUGAAUGUGCAUUAAAUUUGAAGAAGAUAUAUAUAUAUACAGGACAAACAGUGCAGGAUUUCUGGAGUGUCUACAACAACAUUCCUCCCGUGACAAACUUGCCUCUGAGAUGUAGCUACCAUUUAAUGCGGGGAGAAAGGCGCCCGCUUUGGGAAGAAGAAAGCAAUGCCAAGGGAGCUAUAUGGAAAAUGAAGGUCCCUAAAGAAAGUACGGCUGCAGCUUAGAAAGAGCUACUGCUAGCAACUAUUGGAGAGCAGUUUACAGAUUGCUGUGCAGCAAAUGAUGAAGUAAUAGGGGUUAGUGAAGAUGGUGACCUUGAAGAUGUUGUGCAAGUCUGGAACAUGAAUUCCUCUUCAGCAAGUGAAGCAAAAGUUUUACAAAAGAUUCAUAAACUUCUUCCACACACAUCUUUUAAAGCCAUCUUUUAUAAUUCCCACCGAGAGCAUCAUGCUUUUGAAGGCUGAUGUGGAAAGCAUUGA